GCAACAACAACAACAACACCGACGAUGACCGGUCAACAGCAAUAACAUCAACAUUACCAUCAUUGAAACAAUCACGAUUCAUAGUAACACCUGUACCAGAAGAAGAAAUAUUUGAUAAUAUAAUUACAACCGAAGAAGAAGAAAUAUUGAUUGGACAAUUGAAAAAAAUGACCAAUACAACAUCAUCAAUUGGUUCGGAUCAAUCAACAGCAACAAAUACAAUGAUGACAAUGACAAUGAUUACAACAUCGGAUACAUCAUCAUCCGAUAUAUCUGCAUCAACAUUAUCGAUGGCAACAAUUCUUCGACGAAAACAACGUCGUGAAUUACGAUUACAGGAACAAUCAUUAAUGUUAGCAUUGAAACAGGAUCUAAUUGAUCACGAUGAUGAUGAUGAUGAUGAUGAUCAUAAUAAACGUUUUAUGAUGAUGGCCAAACAAGAUUUGGAAAUGGAAAUUCCUUCUGAAGCUACAACCACUACUACUACUACUACUGAAUCUGAAUCGACUAGCUGUUGUUGUAAUGAUGAUGAUGAUGAUAAUAACAAUAAAAAUGUUGAUAAAACAUCCAUCAAAAUUAAUGAU